AUGGCUACAUCUCGAUCUCUAGGUUCACGAAGCUCAUUUGGUGAUUUCCCCAGCAACUCAAGCUCCUUUUCAUUAUCCAGCGACCAGGAGCUCAUAAACUUAGCAUGCAUUUCUCUCAGACAAGCACCAAUUGAAGUUCAAGCGUUGAAUCUCAGCACUAACACCAGAAAGCCCCGCCGUCCACUAAAAAGUCUGAAAGCGCUAUCCGUAUUGACGAAUCUCGUUCAGCUGGACUUGUCUGGUAAUGCUAUUGAACGCUUGGACGGAUUGCAUGUGCUCACUAAUUUGCAGAGGCUGGCGAUUCCACGCAAUCAUCUCAAGACGUUGUCAGCUCCACUAUUUACUCUCAAAGGACUAACCCACUUGGAUCUGUCGGGAAAUUUCAUCGCGCAUUUACCUCUCGGGUUUUCAGGUUUGACGACGCUGGAAGUGCUGAAUCUUUCAGGAAACAAUUUGGGUACACUGCGGGAAGUGGAUGUACUAGCCCCACUUGCCAACUUGCUCUCGUGCAGCCUCGCAGCCAACCCAUUUUGCCGUCUACCUACCUAUCGAGACUACGCCAUUUGCAAGAUCCGAUCGUUGGAGCGUCUAGAUGAUGUUGAAAUAUCACGAAUCGCUCGUGACAGAGCAGCAAAGCGAUUCGGUAGCGCUAUGUUUUCGCAAGACGCGUGUCUUCUUGAAGCAGGGCGAGCUCAUGAAGACGAACAGAAUCGCUUACUCGAGGCUCAAAGUGCGUUAGAAGCGGAGAAUCUUCGAUUGAAAGGCGAGCUACAAGUCAAGUCAAAGCUGCUACAGAACAAAUCUCGAGCAUGGUCCAGCGCUACGGAGCAAUUGUUGCAGCUACAACAAGAAGUGGCUAUGCUUAAUCUCGAUCGGAGGCGUUCAGUAUCGCCUCCUAAGAGGGAUAUUAGUGACGCCGAGCACAUAGCUAUGGCGAUUGCAGCACGCCAUAAAAUAAGCUACUCGACUCAGCGACCACAGUCUGCUCCUCGUAUUUCGUCACCCGAACGCAGCGUCGAAAAACGACGUGGGUCUUUUUCCGAUCGCGACACUCAGCUCGAUUUAAGCCCAGAGACAGAAGGCACUGGAGAAUGCAAUGUCGAAUCACGAGACGCAGCGUGUAUGCCCAUGUCUCCGAAUGCUCAUGACGCAUUGAAGCACAGCAACAGCAUAAUGUUCGUGGAUGCCUCCUGCUCUCCGCUUCGAGUGAUCCCAUCAGCAGGUAUCGCUAGGGAACAGCACGAAGAUAGUUUUGAUGCUGAAAACGACGCAGAUGAGGAUGAAAGUGAAGAGCGACAGGAAGAAUAUGAAGAUAUCACGUCGCCGCCUCGGACACCGAUAACUCGGCCCGCCACUCCAUCAACAAUUCGGCAACUACAUAAAAGUGCCCAAAGUCUUGAUCAAGUUCGGAAUGCAUUGUUGGAGAUAAAUCCAAGUAACGACAACUCGCCACGAAGAGCUGGUCUGACAUCGACAUCUUCAAGCUUAAGAGACGAGGAAUCGUCUGGGAAUGGCUCUCUCUCAGCAUGUUUCCCGACUUUUGAAGACGACACGGCUUGCCCAGCAUACGAGGAUACCCAUUCUCCAGCUCUACACGUGCGUUCCUCGUCUGCCACCCCUCUUAACAACAGAGGAAGGCACUUGAUCAUCCAAACUGCCCCCAACGCAUACUCUUCUGGUAGUCAUUCCCUUCCACCGUCUCCGUCAAAGUCUCCAUCCAAAAUGAGAGAAUGGUAUCGCAAGCAGAAGGAAAUGAGACUAAUGACACCACCGCCUUCCCCACCAAGAAAGAACUCUUCUCCUCCGUACAAACCUCGUCGGCCGGCAGUGGAGGCCUCCCCACUAGCCUCCUUCGUGGAUAAAGAUGUUCUGGCCCGGCAGAUUCAAGCUCUGCAAUCGUGCAAGCAAUCUUUGCUAAGCGAGAUCCGGAACGAGGAACAUCUAUUGCAUGUACUUAAGCAAGAGAGUGCUCACUACGCAGACCAAAUCGACUGUCUAAGUGUCAACAUCCAGGCGUGUCUGGAGGGCGAUCCCAGUGCUAUUCGCUUCUCCUUCUCUCCAUCAGGUUCACCUCGAAGUAAAAGCAAAAAGCUUCGAGACGAAGCUACUGGACGUGCUCGACUAGAGAUCUUGCGAAACAAACUUCGGUUUGCUGAGGAUAAGGAGAAGGAGAUCGAGACCACAAUGGUGCGUAUGACCAAGCGAGUACUGCAGUCUGACCUGCAUCCUGUAGAAGGGAGAGACAAAAAGUUUAGUCCAGCGGAGCCAUCAAGACUCGCUGACAUGCCGUUCGAUAAGGAGAUUUUCGCGCUCACUCACAAAUUGCAGCUGGUGAUCGUGGAGAAGGAGGAGAUCCACAUGCAAAUGAGUCAGCUAAUGGCUCAACUACGGGGUCAAACCACUGCAGAGCUGGAUCUGGGUGAGGACGAACAUGGAGGCAGCUUUAAGCAAGCGCAGUCGCUAGCAAAGAGUCGACAAAUGGCGGACGAGCUACGUACUCGACAUCGCGAGGUAACCGAUCGAAUUGAACUCAAAGAGCGGCGGAUUUCGACUUUACUAGAAGAACUGAAAGAAGUCGAGGCCGAGCUCAGACAUAUCAGCUCAUUGAACGUGUCUUCAGCGCUUAGUCCGCUCUUUCAGCGCGAGCGUACAGCUAGUCUCGAAUUUCUGCAUGCUAUGCGCCCUCGACAAGGAAGCGAAGAUAUACCAAACACCCAUGGCCAACUACCAACGAACUUGCACUUUAAAGAGCUGCUCAAUCCGGAGAUGCUUGAAGAGAUCAAAGCCGAUAUUUACGAGACGUUGUCACAGAAACUCGCGAGUUCAGCCGGGAGCUGUAUAGAUGAGGUUUCUACAAAUGGAAGUCCCAAUGACUUGCAUCAAGCGAUUGCCGCUGCCCUGGACACUCGUCUUCAAGUUGGGGGUAAUACGGGAGUCGUCGUUAAUACUCCUGUUGAUGAGGUUUCAUGCGAUGACUUUGAUGAGUUUGCGUCUGUGGAUUUAUAUUAUGCCCGGAAGUACGUGAUGGCGAAAGAUCGAGUCUCGACUUUCAUCGAGAGCGCCAGUAGCGAUGCAAGCGUGGCAGAUGUGACGAGUGCCCAGCGCAUACUCAAGAUGUGUGAACGUCUGGAAACUGCAGAAGCGAAGAGCAAACAUGACCCCGUUAGCAAGAUCGAAGUGGAUCGACACGGAAAUAGUCGAGGCUCACUGAAAAUCGUGCUCCAGGCCGGCAGGGAUCUCCCCACUGCGCAUUUGAGAACGAAAAACCUCGAUCCGUACGUGUGCCUGGAAGUGGUCUAUCCUGCCCACGCUUUAUCGCCUUCUUUAAACUCCAAUACUGUGGUCGGGAGAGUUCUUCGUAGCCAGACGAAGAAGAAGAGCAUAUACCCUGUGUGGGACGAAGAGUUCGAGAUCGCUCCGAUCCUGUCCUUGAACGGUUAUCUCCUCGUUCGUGUGCUGAACGACCGCAGACUUAGUCGAGAACAGCUCGUAGGAGAAGCUCGCAUUCCACUGUACACUUUGCUGCAUCAGAAGCGCAUUGUGGAGUGGUUCUCACUUGGUCUCAAUGUCCCUCCAGCAUCAACAGGGUCUGCCCCACCAGGGAGAGUGGUAUCUAAGAUCUGUGGUGGUGCUGUCAGACUUCAGCUCCAGUUAUAUUUUUCAAGUGUCGAGAGAUACAAACACGUUGUGGAUGAAUUGGUGACGCGAUAUCUGAAUGAUCACGACCAUUUGCCUUCGUUUAUUGACGCGGUUGGCCACUACAAGAAUGGAGCAGACUCAUCUCUUCUAGACGAGCAGCCGGAACACCACAAUGAUGAGUCACCUUUGACGACAACCGAUGGCGCUGAGUCGAUGAAAUUUGAACAACGGCGGCAACAGGACGUCGAAUCUCAUUUUCCUUUUGACGAGCUCGUGACUUCGUUGCCCUCACCACCCACGCAAAACAACAACACUCAAGGAUUAUCGAGCCAGCUAUCGCCAGAGCGACGAAAGUCUCUGUGGGAGACUAGAACCUCCGCAGCUAAUGGCAUUUCAGCUGCGGCGACAGCAGACGAUAAGAAACCAUAUUUUGGGUUUUUUACGCCUACGACAGAGUGGAAAAAGCAACUCCCAGCUUCUUUGUCAAUGUCAAGUGGAGCUCCACGCCGAAGCCAAACACCUACUGCGCAAUCCAAGAGGAUAAAGAGCGCCGGUGCAUUGCGACGGCGGAGUGUUGAAACGCCAGAGUGCUUCGACAAGUACAGUCCAUAUCAUCCCGGAUUCAAGAGCACAGACGUGCUGGAUGAAUGCAACAAUGAAGUUGGAGGAAUAAAAAACGACCGCAGCGCAGUUCGACCCGCGGAGGUGAAUCGCAAGACUGACUUAAGUAUCUUUAAAAGUCCCAGCUUGACUCGACGCCCGCCAAGCUCCGGCUUCCCUGAACGCUAUAUCGGUCUGGACAACCAAACUUGCGAACGACUCAAGCGAAUCUUUGGGCGAAUGGAUAGCACACCAAGCAGCAAGACCCUAGACAUUUUAUAA